UAAUUAUUGUGAGGUCAUGGUUAAAAGCUCCUCUCUUUCCCUUUUCGUUAUUAUGGUUAUGAAUGACUGAACAGUAGUAUUACUGGAUCAAGAUUCAAAAUGUUGAGGCUAGUAGUAGUUUUGCUGACGAAUCUAGCAGUACUGGUUUUGAGUGCUCAUAAAUUUAGCAGAGAUGACUUUCCUCCUGGUUUCGUGUUUGGGGCUUCGACCUCUGCUUAUCAGGUUGAAGGUGCUGCAAACCAGGAUGGGAGGACUCCUAGCAUAUGGGAUACUUUCGCCCAAGCAGGGAAUAUGCAUGGAGCCACUGGAGACACAGCAUGUGAUGGAUAUCAUAAAUAUAAGGAGGAUGUCCAGCUUAUGGGGGACACAGGGUUAGAAGCUUACAGGUUUUCCAUAUCUUGGUCGAGGCUUUUACCAAAUGGAAGAGGAACUGUCAAUCCUAAGGGUUUACAGUAUUACAACAAUCUCAUCAAUGAACUAAUCAGUCAUGGAAUACAACCACAUGUUACAUUACACCACAAUGAUCUUCCUCAAACGCUGGAAGACGAGUAUGGAGGAUGGAUUAGCCGAAAGAGUGUGAAAGACUUUGAAGCGUUUGCGGAUGUGUGCUUCAGGGAAUUCGGUGACAGGGUUCCAUAUUGGACUACUUUUAAUGAGGCCAAUGUGUUUGUAAUGGGGGGUUACGAUACUGGCAAUUUACCUCCUCAGAGAUGUUCAUCUCCAUCUCCAUAUGGGAUAAACUGCUCUAGAGGCAGCUCCUCAACAGAGCCAUACUUGGCAGCUCAUCAUAUCUUGUUGGCACAUGCAUCCGCUGCUAGAUUGUACAAGAACAUGUAUCAGGAGAAGCAGCUCGGAUUUAUAGGGAUCAAUGUCUUUGGUUAUUGGUUCGUUCCUCUUACAAACAGCUCAGACGAUAAAAUUGCUGCUCAAAGAGCCAACGACUUCUUCUUUGGCUGGAUGGUAGAUCCUUUGGUGUUUGGAGAAUAUCCUGAUGCCAUGAAAAAGAACGUAGGCUCAAGAAUGCCAGUCUUCACCACUGCUGAAUCCAAUUGGAUUAAGGGUUCAUUUGACUUCCUUGGAGUGAACCAUUACUUAACUACGUAUGUCAAGGACAGCCCCAGUAGCUUGAAAAUCAAGGAGAGAGACUUUUUUGCUGACAUGGCAGUAGAACUUUCAAGCUUCGAAAAUGAUACAUCCAGAUUCGAGUUUCCAAUUGUAGCCUGGGGCCUGCAAGAACUGCUGGAGUAUAUCAAGAGAGUUUAUGGCAACCCUCCUGUUUACAUCCAUGAAAAUGCAAAAAUUUCCCAUCUUGGAACUUGGAACUUGACUAUACGAUCAAGUGAACGAAUGAUACGUAAUUUGACAAUGGAAGACUGGCCAAGGGUGGAAUAUUUGCAUGCAUACAUUGGGAGUUUGCUUGAUGCAUUGAGGAAUGGAUCAAAUACAAAAGGCUAUUUUAUAUGGUCCUUGAUGGAUUUAUUGGAGUUGUUGGAAGGUUUCGAAUCCGGAUAUGGCCUAUACUAUGUUGACUUGGAUGAUCCUGAUUUAAAAAGGCAACCAAAACUCUCUGCGCAUUGGUACUCCCAUUUUCUGAAGAGAUCAAAAGGCAUGAGAUUACAAGGACUCACUGAACUUGGGAUGAACUUAUCUGCACUUUCCCAGUACUCUCACUUCUUUCAGUAGAUUCUUCUUUCCACUUGCCGUUGCACAAUGGUUUGGUGGUUUUACUUUUAUCUAUCAUUGUUAACUCUUCUCCCCAAAAGUGUAAUUUUUUAUUGCAUUAUGUCUUGGAAAAAAAAAAAAACCAGAAUUAUAUGUAAAUUGUUGACACCUGGAAAGUAAGUAAAAACUAGCUAGCAUCAAUAUUAUAUCAUGGGGCUAACAUCAAUGAUGGUAAAAUGGAGUGAAUUAUGUCAUAA